CUUGCCGUAGUUUAAAUCCUCGCGACCUCUGACUUGCUGUAAACUUCUCUACUUCCUGCUCGCCGUCCCGCUCUUAUAGACCGAAAAGGCGAUGAUUUUGAAAGAAAGGGACUGCAUUUCGAUUGAUUUGGAUUGAAAUUGAGCACAAGAUGAGCUGGAUUCCUUUCAAAAUUGGACAACCAAGGAAACAGAUUGUUUCAAAAACGGUUGAAAGGGACUUUGAGCGGGAAUAUGAGAAGCUCCAAAAGUUGGAAGAACAGACAAAGAAGCUGCAUAAAGACAUGAAGAAAAGCACGGAGGCUGAUUUAGCAAUGUCUAAAGCAGCAGUGAAGAUCUCGGGGGACUUGUUGAGCAAUCCGUUGUGUGAGCAGGAUCUGGCUUUCCUUGAAUCCAUGACUGCUCUGGAUACAGCCAUGAAGAGAAUGGAUGCCUUCAACCAGGAGAAGGUCAAUCAGAUUCAGAAGACCGUGAUCGACCCUUUGAAAAAGUACAGCAGCGUGUUUCCCAGUCUGAACAUGGCGGUAAAACGCAGGGAACAGGCCCUUCAAGAUUAUAAGAGACUCCAGUCUAAAGUGGAGAAGUAUGAAGAAAAGGAGAAGACUGGACCCAUCAUGGUCAAACUCCAUCAGGCCAGGGAAGAGCUGAAGCCCGUCAGGGAAGACUUUGAAACCAAGAACAAGCAGCUGUUGGACGAGAUGCCCAAGUUCUACAACAGCCGCAUCGACUACUUUCAGCCCAGCUUUGAGGCUCUGAUACGAGCUCAGGUGGCCUAUUUUACAGAGAUGCACAAGAUCUUCACUGAACUGACGGAUCAGAUUGAUCAGGGCGGUUUGACAGAUGAACAGAGAAAGCAAGAGAACGAAGCUAAACUGAACGAGUUGCGUGCGCUGUCCAUCGUGGCCGACGACUGAGACGGAAAACAUCCACGGCUUACUUUUAAUGAAGUCACGUCAAGGUUUAAUUUAUUUCUCUGUUUUUGUUUGUUAAUGUAGAAGUCUUAUUUUGAAUAUCUUUUCGACAUAUGAAGCCAUCAGAAAACACUAAUGAUGCUGUAAAACCUUUUAACGGUAACUUUUAAACGUGUUCAGAUUCUCAGCUGGGAUUAAUUACCUUCUCUUUUUCCAGUUACGUCCUGUGUUAAGUUUUUGUAGUCGUGUCAGUUCACUUUAUUACGAUCUUUAUAACUGAAUUUCUAACAGAUAGCUUGCAUCUGUAUCUUAAAGCGUUUCCAUUCACCACAGGCCAAAUUAAUAUUGAAGGUAAAAUAAGCUUAGUUUGUUUUUAAUACAUGAACAUUUGAUGUUCUCCAGCUUUUAAUUUUUUUUUAAAUAGUGUAACACUGGAACAGUGCAGUGGAUUGUUGAAGAUACAUUGAACUGCAUGCCUUUAAAUGAUACUCUGCUUCCCUCUACUGACACACGUGAAGCAUUUCUCUCCUUUUUUUUGUAUCUGACCUGUGUUUGUGCUCAUUGUGUUCGUAAUGAAGGAAAGACCAGCAGUCUUACAGCCAUAAUACACAAGGGCCAUUAUCUAAGCCACACGUUUUCAUCUAAUUUAUUUUUUUGUUGUGAAUAGCAUCAGUUACUGACAAUCACUACGUAGUGUAGUUUUUAAACUGGAAGAGUCUCUAGAUCUAUUUAAAAUGUGCCUUCACAGCGGGUCACGUUGCUCACUGUGGUCCGGUUUGAAUGAAUUCAUUUGGAUGAAACAUCUACCAAGCAACUUACCGUUUUCACAUUCCUGCUUUCAAAAGAAAUUAAUUUCGACUCGAACAUCAAACGUUUUCUCUGGACCACACAGCCUUACGCUUCCCAAACGUGUGUGCAGUUUUCGUCUGUAAAAUUGUUUUCCUUGAAACAAAUUGUUUGCUGUUUGUCAACCGUUCUUACAGUAAAUUGGUUGUGAAUAUUCAA